AUGUCGUCGCCUCUCUUCCCUGCUACCCCUGCCUGUAUGCAACCACUCCUCCUGAUCGGUGACUCCGGUGUCGGAAAGUCUUGUUUGUUGCUCCGAUUCGCAGACGACACUUACACCGAGAGCUACAUCUCGACUAUCGGUGUUGACUUCAAAAUCAGAACCAUCGAGCUCGACGGCAAGACAGUAAAGCUCCAGAUCUGGGACACUGCAGGCCAGGAGCGCUUCCGUACCAUCACAUCCUCUUACUACCGCGGUGCCCACGGCAUCUGCGUCGUCUACGAUGUCACCGACAUGGACUCAUUCAACAACGUCAAGCAGUGGCUGCAGGAGAUCGACCGCUACGCUACCGAGGGUGUUAACAAGCUUCUCGUCGGUAACAAGAGCGAUAUGACCGACAAGAAGGUCGUCGAGUACAACGUCGCAAAGGAAUUCGCUGACAGCCUCGGCAUUCCCUUCCUCGAGACAUCGGCCAAGAACGCAUCCAACGUCGAGCAGGCCUUCUUGACCAUGGCCCGCCAGAUCAAGGAGCGCAUGGGAAACACCACCGUCAACAACAAGCCUACCGUCCAGGUCGGUCAAGGUAGCACAGUCCAGAGCGGCAGCGCCGGUGGCUGCUGUUAA